AUGAGUGAUACAGAGGAAAUCGAUGGUAGAUCCUUCAACAGCCUUGCAGAUGCCUUAUCAAUCUGUCUUCGACAAUCUCAGAUCAAUGAUCUUCUGGCUGGUGUUCUAUGCAAUCUGGCUUUUUGUUCAAGAACGCAAAUUACAUCUUGGAUCUGGGCUUCAAUGUUUUGGAUUCUGGUCUUCUCUGGGCAGGGAUCUGGAAAGCUUUUUCAAGACAUUCAGUCUGGGCAAAAUUACAGAGCAGGCGAUUCAGCUUCCUCUGAUAGCUUAUCUCCUGGCCUUUAA